GUGGAAAUUGAGGAAACAGCGGUGUAUACUAACCAGUCAUACUUUCCAAAAGACUGCUGCAUUUCAGCUUUUCUACCUGUACAACCUGUUUCCAGAAUGCCUCGCAUUGAGAAUGACAUCAAGCUGGACUUCAAGGAUGUGCUCCUCCGUCCCAAGCGGAGCACACUCAAGUCCAGGAGUGAGGUGGACCUCAUGAGGAGCUUCACUUUCAGGAACUCCAAGGGCAGCUACAGAGGGAUCCCCAUCAUUGCUGCAAACAUGGACACUGUGGGGACCUUUGAGAUGGCCCUGGCUUUGCACCAGUUCACUCUCUUCACAACGAUUCACAAACACUACACCGUGGACGACUGGGUGGAGUUUGCAGCAGAGCAUCCCGAAUGUGUGAAGAGUGUAGCAGUCAGCACAGGGACCAGUGAUGGUGACUUUGACAGGAUUUCAGCCAUCUUGGCGGCAGUGCCAGCGCUGCAGUAUAUCUGCGUAGACGUGGCCAACGGCUACUCUGAACACUUUGUUCACUUCGUCAAAGACGUCAGGGAGAAGUUCCCCUCUCACACUAUAAUGGCAGGAAACGUGGUGACAGGUGAGAUGGUAGAAGAGCUGAUCCUGGCUGGCGCUGACAUCAUAAAAGUAGGCAUCGGACCAGGCUCUGUGUGUACCACCCGUAAGAAGACAGGGGUGGGGUACCCCCAGCUGAGUGCUGUGAUUGAGUGUGCAGAUGCAGCCCAUGGCUUGGGUGGCCACAUCAUCUCUGAUGGGGGAUGCACAUGCCCAGGAGAUGUCUCAAAGGCCUUUGGGGCUGGAGCGGACUUCGUGAUGCUGGGCGGUAUGCUUGCCGGCCACUCGGAAAGCGGGGGCGAGGUUAUUGAGAAAAACGGCAAGAAAUACAAGCUGUUCUAUGGAAUGAGCUCCGACACGGCGAUGAAGAAACAUGCAGGAGGCGUGGCUGAGUACAGAGCGUCAGAGGGGAAGACAGUAGAAGUUCCUUACAAAGGUCCGGUGGAGGAGACAAUACGGGACAUCCUGGGCGGGGUCCGCUCCACCUGCACCUAUGUCGGGGCAGGCAAACUGAAGGAGCUGAGUCGCAGGACCACCUUCAUCAGGGUCACCCAACAGCUCAACACUGUCUUCGGCAACGACAGCUGAGUGUCCGGCUCCACCCUGCUUCAGAUGGAAGGAUAAGUCUGCAACACUGCCUGUCUGACUCGCAGAUGCUGUGUGUGCAUUACCCAUGUGCAAACACAAGUGAACAGACAUGUAUGUUAAAACUUAAAUACUGCCCUUUUACCAUCCUUAUUAGUUUUUUUAAUGUGACAUUUUAGUACAUUUAAUUUUGACUUCACUGACAUUAACAAAUAUUCUUCAGCACACGGGCUUUUUUCAUACAAGCCACACAAUGCAUCUCAAGACAGUAACAUGUGAGGUCGAGCAGUAAGUCUCUUUGCAUGUCUGCUGUCUCAUCAUUCCAAUGCAAGCUGCUCUUUUUACAUGUAUGCAAACAUGUGGCUGUUCAUAAACAGUGUCUACAACAUGUCUCUAUGCUCUGUAAGCCUUUGUCACCCACUUAUAAAGUUAUAGCAAAUGUCUUAAGUUAUCAAGAAAGUCUAAAUAUGCAUGUAGCUGCUGUGGCUGAUUGGGAAAUUAAACUGUUUAGAAGUUCAGUCAUUCCAUCACUGGUAAAGUUUUGCACUUUAAUGAUUUGUAAUUUGGGAUUUUAACAUUUAGUUGCUUUUUUAAAAUUGUAGGUGAAUUAGAUUUGGGAGAAUUUAUAUAUGGACCAGUAUAUGCUGAAUGCUAGAGUACAGUACCAGAGCACAUACAGUAAAAAAGUACUGAACUCAGAGGUGUUAUUCAAUAUAACAUUCAAUAUAUGCACCUUUCUCUUUUCUGGUUCUGUCUGCUCCUGAUCAAAACCAAAGUUUGUGUGCGUUUAUGUUACUGACUGCACAUUCCAGUUAAUUUAGGACUCAUUUAGUUUCCAUUCCUUUCAAUUAGCGUGGGUGGUUUCACUUCACACAGUGUCUGUAGCUACUCCCUUUCAAGCUGAUGAUCUGUGUUUUAUUUUUUACUGUCACAUUGGUGCAAAUAUGGCAAAGUGUGAAAUUAACAUUCUGCAUUCUUUAAAUCAAUUUUUUCCACAUUUUGACCAGUCAAUAAAAACAUUCCACAUCUUAAAAAUUUUACUGGCUUUAU